AAAGUGUUCCGAGUGGAAUGUGCGACGUUCACCUCAAUGAGCCGAAAGUAAUGCAAACCGAACUGCUCGUCGGCGCUUUUGCUUUGUGACGUAAUUGGCAAGUAUAACGAUAGAUACAAGGACAGUAGAAAGAGCAGAGCAGAUCGUGAUACGGAGUGCUUGCGGUCGCUACGGAUUUUCGUCGAGUUUCAGUAACACAGUUUAAUGAUGUUUUCACUAUUGUGCUUAAGCAUUUUGUUAGUCGCGUGUGAUGCAGCAAAUCCUCGGUGCAAAGAUGAGAACAAUCGAAUCGUCGAUUGGUAUGUACUUUACAAGUUGCCGAAGGUAUCGGAGAGCAGCAAUCCUAUAAUUAGAAGCGGAUUAGGAUACUUAUAUAUGACCAGCAAUACUGUCGAUAAAGGUUGGCAGUUAUCCACGAAACAAAUCAGCGCGAAAAAUUCUAUACCGGGAAAUACUUUGGCACCUUUAUACAAUGACUCAGAGGCAUCGAAGACUUUCUGGUUCUUGUACAACGACGAUCCACCUAACAGAGAUACCAGUGGAAAAAACGGUCAUUCGAAAGGCGCUAUGGUGGUAAACAAACAGCAAGGUUUCUGGUUAAUACACAGCGUUCCGAAAUUUCCACCUCUACCCAACAGUGGUAACGAAACAAGACGAGGGCACGUGGAAGACAAUUCGAUUCCGGGAAAUCAGGAUCGGUCUGAAUAUGAUUAUCCGUCAAAUGGGGUAAAUUACGGACAGAGUUUUCUAUGCAUCUCCCUGGAUAGCGAUCAAUACGAACUGGUCGGUAAACAGUUCAUGUACAAUGAAAUAAUAAUAUAUAGGAGAAACAUCCCCGCGUUCGCCACAGCGUUUCCGGUGCUGACGGAAGCAGCUAAACAAAAGCGUAUCAGACAAGCGCCCUACAACAACAUGACACCGUUAAAAUCAUCUGGCGGUGUCGAAUUCGUAUCUUUUGCCAAGAGCGACAAGUGGCAGAAAGACUUGUAUGAUGAGUUCGUUGCUCCGACAUUAAAAACCGAUUUAUAUGCUGAGACGUGGUUGAACGGACGGGGUAGAUUACCAACGGACUGCGCACAAGUGAAAGUGUACAACAUCAUGUCCAUUCACUUGGACGUGGUUGACGUCGACUUUUCGAGCAGCCGCGAUCACUCCAAGUGGGCAGUUGCCGUUGACGGUAAAAAAGGUAACCGAACGUGGGUCUGCAUUGGCGAUAUUAAUCGGGCGGAUACCCAAUACACACGAGGCGGUGGAACAGUCUGUUUCAACAAUCCGAAACUCUGGGAAAACUAUCGGAAGUCAGUGAAUGACGUGGAACCAUGUCCUAAAAACUAGUAAAAGACAGUUUCAGUUUAACUGAUUUGUUAUAUAAUUUGGCCAGAGAAGGAUUGAUAUUGAGAGAUCUAAUAAUUUUGUUCUCAUAUAUAAUAAUAAUAAUAAUUAUUAUUCUUACUAAUUAUAUUGGAUAACUGAUGUAUAAUUACAGUGUAUUACAGAAAUAUUCUUUUAAAUAACGGAUGUAUGAAAUAAUAUUUUUCUACAAAAAACGAGCUGUAUAUUUGAAUUGGCAGAAUAUAUGUAUGCAACUAUAUGAAGA